AUGGACACGACCAAGAUAGCACCCGUCGUUUGGAUCAACAGCUUUCCAGGCUGCGGAAAGCUCACAAUCGCUUCCGUCAUGAAGACCCUACAUACCGACAUGAUCCUCCUGGACAACCACAAGCUGAUCGACCCCGUGGAAGCGAAGUUCCCACGAAGUCACCCCGAUUACCAAAAAGAACGGCAUCGAUAUCGGCAACACAUCUUCAGAGAACACGUUAGUAACCCUGCUAUGUUGUCGCAGGUUGUGGUUUUCACCGAUUACCAGUCCCACAACCCACUAGGACAAAAGGUCGCGGAAGAAUAUCGGGAAGCAGCGAGAACAGCUGGACGUCCUUUCAAGCCCGUCUACAUUGUUUGCGAUGUUGAGGAGAACAUUAGGCGGAUUGCUGCUGCCGGACGCGUUAAUGGUGGCCUGAAGAGGUUGCUAGGGAAAUACUGA